UCCAUUUCUUCAUUCGCUAUCGCUUUAACGAAAGGGCCGUUCGACUGCUAGACAAAGUUACCUGCGAUUAGCGAUCGCCUAUUCCAUUAGUCUUUUCGAUAAAAAAUAACUUUUGUCUAUGGUAUUUCGUUAUGAAACGUCAAAUCACAGGUACCAACAACUUGUAUCGCCAAUGAUCGGUGGCUAAAUUCGAAAGUUUUUAUUAUAAAAUUUUGUUACCUUUAUUUUAGUUUUAGUAAAUUUUGUUACCUUUAGUUUGUUUGUUAAAAAUAAUAUUUCUUGGUAAGUAACAAAGUGCUUUUGUGUGUUAUAAAUAAAAUAUGUAUACCUAAGAUUUUAUCUAGGCAAUUAGAGAUUUCGAAAUCUUAAAAACAAAUAUGUACCUAUGUAUCUGACAAAAUGUCUUUGUUUUCUCGCGUAGAAAUGGAACCCAGAGCACGGGCUAGUGGUGAGCAGUUUUCGGCUCUUUUGGAGUACAUGGAAAGCCACGGGGAUUUGUCAAAACCUCAGCCAGGUGCUCAAGGCCGCUUAAGAGCCGACCGGUCAUGGCAAGAGUUGGCAAACCUCCUUAACUCGAUUGGCGGUGGGGUAAAUAAGACUCCAGAAAAAUGGAAAAAGGUUUGGGCAGACUGGAAAUCUAAAACUAAAAAGAAGGCACUCAUGAUUCGCCGUCAUGCUAGCGGCACUGGCGGUGGCCCUAGUAGAGGUCCAAAUCUAACAGCUUUGGAGACAAGGCUGUUAGGAAUUAUUGGAGCAUUGGCGGUAGAGGGGCAUGAGGAGAUAGAUGAACAAGGAUUUGAUGGCCCCCCAGCUGUACCUGGAACCAAUGAUGGUGUUGAAGAUGGAAGGGAUGUUAUCUCACAACCGCCAUCAUCACCGCCACUACCAUUAUUAGUGAUUCCCUCGCCCACACGUUCUCCCAUUAACAUAGAUCAGCCAACAGCUCCUGACACGUCACAUACCUACGCGCCGAGCCUCACCCCUCCUCCAUCUCCGCAGCCAUCUCGUCACCGACGUGAGGGUGCGCGUCGAAGGCGGACGCUAACGCCGUUCGAUCGUGCCGCUAGGGAGUUCGCGGCUAUUGAACAGCGCCGUCUUCAAUUGGAGGAAAGACGGGUGGCGAAUGAAGGCCGAAGAAUAGAAGCGGAUAAUAACAGAACCAGUGUCCUGAAUCGCUUAGCAGAUAUUGCUGAAUCAUUCCUUCAGCACUAUCUGCAAAGUAGAGGUCAGACUGAAUAGUGUUCUUCUUCUUCUAUUCUUCUCUAUGGUUCUUAGUACUGCGGCU